UUGGGCGGUGCGUAAGGAGGAGGCGGCGGCGCGCGGGAAAAUGGCGGCGGCGGCGGCUCCGGCGCAGCCCUGGAGCGCUGAGGAGCUGCGGAGCGACGCGCUGCCCAAGAAGGAUAUCAUCAAGUUCCUUCAGGAGCACGCGGCCCAAGCGUUCCUGGCGGAGCACAAGCUGCUGGGGCAGGUGAAGAACGUGGCGAAGACGGCGAAUAAGGAGCAGUUGAUCGCGGCCUACACGCAGCUUUUCCACACGCAGCGGUUUAAGGGGACGGACGGCGCCGAGAAGGCUGCGGAGAAGGCGAAGCCCGCUAAGGCGGAGGAGGCCAAGGGGAAGGCGGCAAAGCCCGAGGAAGCCGCAGAGGAGGGGCCACCAAAGUAUACAAAGUCAAUUUUGAAGAAGGGUGAUAAAACCAACUUUCCGAAGAAAGGAGACACAGUUCAUUGCUGGUAUACAGGAAAACUACAGGAUGGAACAGUCUUUGAUACCAAUAUUCAAACAAGUUCAAAGAAGAAAAAAGCAGCCAAACCUUUAAGUUUCAAAGUUGGUGUAGGAAAAGUAAUCAGAGGCUGGGAUGAAGCUCUCUUAACGAUGAGCAAAGGAGAGAAGGCUCAACUGGAAAUUGAACCGGAGUGGGCAUAUGGCAAGAAAGGGCAGCCCGAAGCCAAAAUUCCACCCAACGCAAAACUUUUCUUUGAAGUAGAAUUGGUGGAUAUCGAAUGAAAUGAAGGUUCCUUGGCUGCUGGGGACUCUGCAAUCCAGAAGGCUGCUGAUGAUGCCGUCUUCUUGUACAGUUACAGCUGUGGCCUUGUACUGAAACCCAACUGCUAUACAGUAACACGCCACUAAAGGAAAUGGUUCAUA